AUGGCGACUUUUGUCAUGCAGACACUCGGGUGCGAUGUGGGCGCCAUCAAUACCGUUCAAUUCAGUAAUCACACCGGAUACCGCCAAUUUAAGGGGCGAAGGACCCCAGCGGCCGAGAUUCACGAGCUCUACGAGGGCCUGAAGCAGUCGUAUCUGACGGAUUUUGAUGUGUUGCUAUCAGGCUAUGCGCCCAGCGCCGAAGUCGUCGACGCCAUUGGCAUCAUUGCUCGCAACCUCCGGUAUCGCGCGAGUGUCAGGCCCGGUCGGUUCUUCUGGGUGCUCGAUCCCGUCAUGGGUGACCAGGGAAGACUUUACGUGGCGGAAGAUAUCAUACCCGCGUACAAGCAACUUGUUCGCGAGGCAGACCUGAUUCUCCCGAACCAGUUCGAGGCCGAACUCCUCAGCGGUGUCAGCAUCAAUAGUCUCAGCGGCGUGGCGAAUGCUGUGCGAUCCAUGCACAAGACCCACGGGACGAAGCAUAUCGUCGUCACGAGCGUGACGGUCGGUGACAGUGGCGACAAGCUCACGGUCGUGGGCAGCAGUAGGAGGCAAGACGGGAGCGCCCGACUGUUCAAGAUCGAGGUGCCCAAGCUGGACUGUUUCUUUAGCGGCACGGGCGAUAUGUUUGCGGGACUGAUGGUGGGCCGGCUGCGUGAGGCGUGUGCGCAGAUGAACCUGCUCGACCGAGCGGGUUGGAUGCCGGACGACGAUGUUGAAGGUGUUGACCUGCCACUGGCCAAAGCCACGGCCAAGGUCCUUAGCAGCAUGCAGACGGUGCUAGAGAAGACGGUCAAGGCCCGAGACCAGGAGAUCAGCAAGUUCGGCCAAAGCCCUGGUGCCAGCAUGGAGGGCGAAGAAGGCGGCAAUGGUGAGGCGAAGAGGAGACUUCUGGCUGAAACCAAAGCUGCGGAGGUCAGGGCGGUGAGGAACGCGAAGGAUUUGCUCAUACCUGAGGAUAGGUACAGGGCGAAAGCAAUGGAAGGGUAA